GACAAGAGAUUGUUCUUAUUGUGGAUCAUCGGCCGACUGGCGCCGAGCGGCUCUUUAACAAAACCGAGGCCGAGUUAAUCAGGAGAGCUGCGUUCUUCUGAAGGCAGCAGAGCGAAGUGCAUGGGGAGGCCGGUGGGGGUGGGGACCGUGGGGGCCGUGGCUCCCGGAGCCCCGCACUGUCCUUGGUUUGACAAAAUACAACCUGUCGGAGAUUACACGCAAGCGCGGCCUGCCCUCAGCCCUGAGACUGAGCACUAAAUCAUCUCAUCGCUGCAACUGUUUGAUGUGGAAACACACAAAAUCAGCACACAGCAGCACGAAUAACGCCCCAGUAAUAAUAAUCAUCAUUUACAAAUAAAAAUCUAAAUAUGCCAGAGAGGCUGCAGGGAAUGCAACUUUAUUUGGAAGAAGGAAGAGUUUAGUGAGCACUCACCGCUUUGCUUCUCUCUGAUUUUUCUCUCAAAAAUUCAUUCAUCACCCUUCAUCUGGUUUCCUCUUUUUUUUCCUCCACGCAGCAUCUGGGUUUGUCUUUUCCAGCCUCGUCUCUUUAUUGCGCCGCUGCGGCUGCUGCUGCCUCCCCGUCAGCCCGAUCAGGAAAACCAACAGAUAAAUGGCUCUCGCCUGGGGAAGCCCGGGCUGUAUGAGGCUGGAGUCAGUGCGCGCACACAGCUAACAUAGCCUGGGCUAGUAGUGUGUGGGGCAAAUCCAGCCUAAGCGUCAAAACAGCCGAUAACAUGGAAUAAUUACAAGUCUGUUAUUAUAGAGAGCGACCGAGAGCUGCAGCUCUUUGAAAUAAAUCUCUCCGGAAUGCAGAGCGUGAGCUGCGAGUCGUGGGUUUACUGUUGGGAGUUGCUCUGUGGCAAACGUUGGAGAGCUGUUCCUCUGUACUAAGGUGAGUAUUGAGACAGUGAGUCUGUGGACAGGUUGCUUUCUCCGGAGGCGACAUUGUAAAAACGCAAGCCGAGAGAGGUGAUGCCUCCACCGGCCAAGAACUGAGGGCUGACCCGGUGCUUGGCUUGGAAAUGGGGGUGGGAUUUCCCGAUCUUUCCUGUCAUUGGUUAAUAUUUUAUUCUGUUGACAUGUUUUCUUACUGCUAAUGCUUCCGACACCUUCUUGUCCACCCCCUCCUCUCUCCUAGAGUCUGGCCGGAGCUGUCAGAACCACGCCUAUAGGGGCCCACAAUUGGUCCAGAAAGCGUAAAAUCAGCAAUCAAAGGGGCUUGGUUCAUUAGUGUUGGGGAUGGAGACAGGAAGGACAUGUGAGAUAGUCACAGAUCUGCAGUGAACGGGGCCACAUCUCUCCAGUCAGUGUGGGAUGACUGAAGCAGAGGAACUGCUCUGAGAGGCACUACAGCGCACCCGGGCUCUGCCUUCACAGCGCCGCUUCUACUGAAGGACUCGGCGGAGGAAGCAAAAAGGAAAAGCACACAUCAACAGCAACUCUGGGCUAUUUUCUUCACCCUGAUAACGCGCCGUGAGUCUGACAGGGCGCCGCGCUCUUCUGUACCGCUUUACAGAAAUUAACUGCUCGCGAAGCCGCGGACCUACACUGGCUAUCUGAGGGGGAAAUACCACUAAAAACAUCCAUUAUUUCACUUCGGUUUUUGUGGAUGCACCGAUGAGAGAUCCAGUUUUUACAGGGACUGCAAUGGCUUAUCACCCUUUCCACGCACACCGGCCGACCGACUUCCCCAUGUCCGCCUUUCUAGCGGCCGCGCAGCCUUCCUUCUUCCCGGCGCUCAGCCUGCCUCCCGGGGCGCUCACCAAGCCCAUCCCGGACCACGGCCUGGCCGGGGCGGCGGAGGCUGGGCUCCACCCGGCCCUCAGCCACCAUCAGGCGGCUCACCUCCGCAGCAUGAAGAGCCUGGAGCCGGAGGAGGAAGUGGACGACGACCCUAAAGUUACACUGGAAGCCAAGGAUCUUUGGGACCAGUUUCAUAAACUCGGGACGGAGAUGGUUAUUACCAAGUCCGGAAGGAGGAUGUUCCCCCCGUUCAAAGUGCGAAUAAACGGCCUGGAUAAAAAAGCCAAAUACAUCCUGCUGAUGGACAUCGUGGCGGCGGACGACUGCCGCUACAAGUUCCACAACUCCCGCUGGAUGGUGGCGGGCAAGGCCGACCCGGAGAUGCCCAAGAGGAUGUACAUCCACCCGGACAGCCCGGCCACCGGCGAGCAGUGGAUGGCCAAGCCUGUUGCUUUCCAUAAACUCAAGCUGACCAACAACAUCUCAGACAAACACGGAUUUGUCCAGACAAUCCUGAACUCCAUGCACAAGUACCAGCCCAGGUUCCACAUAGUGCGGGCCAACGACAUCCUCAAGCUCCCCUACAGCACCUUCAGGACCUACGUCUUCCCGGAGACCGAGUUCGUGGCCGUGACGGCCUACCAGAACGACAAGAUAACGCAGCUGAAGAUUGACAACAACCCUUUUGCCAAAGGAUUCAGAGACACAGGGAACGGGAGGAGAGAGAAAAGGAAACAGCUGACCAUGCCGUCGCUGCGGAUGUAUGAGGACCAGUGCAAGGCGGACCGGGAGGGCGCGGACUCGGACGCCUCGUCCAGUGAGCCUACGGCCGGCAGGGACGCCGUCCACUCCCCGCUGGGAGCCGGUUCCAGCCCUCUGAGGUUCAGCAGGCCCAGCCGAGAUGACAAAACAUGCACUGACAGUGAGCAGGAGCUGGAGCAUCACGACGAGCUCUGCGCUGGCUCCAGCAGCCCAGGACCUGAGCCUGUGUCCCCCUACAGCUCUAGGUGCGAGGAGCGUGUGAGGGACAGGUCUAGCACGGAAAAGAAGGACGACUCCGUAUUCAGUAUAAGGAACCUUGAGAAGGACAAAGCGGAGAGCAGGCACAGGAAGGACAACACGGACGCGUCGACAAAGGACUCUGAGGCCGGAGGCAUCAGUGCCAGCAAGGAGGCCUUCUCCCCUCUCAUGGUCCAGACCGAGAGCCCCUCGCACUUCAGUCCGGGCCACUUACAAAGCCUGGCUCUGUCUGGCCUGCACAGUCAGCAGUUCUUUAACCCUCUGAACGCCGGAUCGCCGCUGUUGUUUCACCCCGGGCAGUUUGCCAUGGCCCCCGGAGCCUUUUCUGCUAUGGGAAUGGGGCAUCUAUUGGCCUCUGUAUCCGGAGCAAGUGGUUUGGAGAACGGCAGCCUCUCCGCCCAGGGCACGGGAGGAACCCCCAACCCCUUCCCCUUCCAUCUGUCCCAGCACAUGCUCGCCUCUCAGGGCAUCCCCAUGCCUCCAUUUGGCGGUCUCUUCCCAUACCCCUACACCUACAUGGCGGCGGCUGCAGCGGCUGCUUCAGCCUCUGCCCUCCCAGCCACCAGCACCUCCAGCCCGCUCUCCAGGAACCCCUUCUUGAGCUCAUCCCGGCCCAGGCUCCGCUUCAACCCCUACCAGCUCCCGGUGUCGCUGUCCCAGAGCUCCAGCCUGCUCACCACCAGCCUGCAGGGCGGCCUCAACAACCCGGGCUCUGAAUCCUCCAAACCAGGCAGCAGGGAGACGAGCCCGGCCCCAGAGCACCACAGCAACCUCAAGACAGGAGGGUCAAGCGGGAGGACCGCAUCGCCCAAAACCUCCAUGAAGGACUCGGUGAACGAGCUGCAGAGCAUCCAGAGACUGGUGAGCGGCCUGGAGGGCCAGCGGGAGCCCUCCCCGACCGCAGACUCUCCCAAGUGAUGAAGACUAUCUGUUUGGGAUGAAGACUUAACCAGAGGACUAUAAGUGCAUAUGUCCUGUACAGCACAUUGUGGAGACUGGGAUGAGGGUUGGACCGAUAUGGGUCGGUGAAGGCCGAUAACUGGUGUUUUUCGGAACAAAGCUGCAGAUAGAAAUUCAAUCCGUAAGAUUGAAUUGAAUCUUUUGUUAAAUUCAAAGUACUGAGGACCUGUGGAAACAUUUCAACCAUCAUCAGACCCCAAAACUGUCCCCUGAUUCCCUGAGCUUUAGGGUUAGCAGGCAGGCCCAUGGAAACUCUGGGAUACAUUUCUACACUGAUAGAAUAAAAAUACAAAAUUAGCAAUUCAAUAUAUAAAAUAAAAUAAAAAAACACUAAACUAAUGAUAAAAUAUUUCAAAUCUGACCACUUCAUCAGAGAGUAACACUGAUCAGCUCAACUACAGAAAUAUAAUCAAACUUUAUCAUAUCCAUUGUAAGAGAGGUGGACCACACAGGGCCAGUAUCGGCCCCAUAUAUCGGUCUAUAACCUGCCUGCUGAGGGCCUGCAGCUCCACAGACUGAGCGGCGCACAGUGGAGAGAGAGUGUGUGUUGUUAACGUGAAGCAUUUGAGCAUCCAGGACCCGGUUUUGAAAGAGUCCCCCGAACAGGAGCCUCAUCACGCCGACAGGCAGGUCUCUCAAGCUGCAUCCAAAAAGCUUUUUUUUGACCAGGCCUGAUUAUUUCAAAAGGCAUGGAAGGUGAACGAACACAGUUAGAACCGAUUAUCAUUUCAUGCCAGAAAAAAAAAAUGUUUCUGAACUAUUUAUGUAAUUAAAAAUUAAAAAAACAAAAUCUGUAAAUAAAGCUAAGAUCCAAGAAUAUGCAAUUGGUAUUAAUUUAUUCAAGGCUGUAUAUUAAGCGUGUAUAUAUUUUGAAUUUAAACGUUGCUUUUUCCCACCCUCUUCGUCUUCUUCUCCCCCCCUCCCGUUUUACAUGAACAUAUACUGUAAAUGAAAAGCUAUUUAGCGCUUGUUGGUUUGAGAAAAAGAAAAAAACAACUGUGUAUGAAGCAUCGCUGAUUUCUAGAAGACGUGUGUGCCAUGUUUUAGUCUGCAUCCACCGACAAAUACAGAGAGAGAGACAGAGAGAGACAGAGAGAGACAGAGAGACAGAGAGAGCUCCACAUGGAUUCAAAAACACCUCAGGUUAUUUCACUCCAGCCAGGAGACGUUCGAAGCAAUUCCUCCAACGGGCGCAUCAUUCAUAUCUAUUCAUAAAUAUAUUUAAAGAUGAAAGUAUCUUGUUUAUGCUGGUUGUCCGGGUUUUUUUUUUUUUUUUUUUUGAUUGUCUCACAAUUUCAAUAAAAAAUCGUUGUGCUGAAAUCUUGCAAUUGCAUUAUUAUUAUUAUUAUUAUUAUUAUUAUUAUUAUUAUUACGUGCUUAUCAUUAUAAUAAUCUAGUAGAAAUGUAUUGAGAUCUUUUGAUGAAGUAUGGUUUAACACACACACGCACACACACAUAUAGGCUACACACGGGGCAGGAGCGCCAUCUGUCGGCCAAAUGUCUCCCAGGAAGAAGGGCAGCUUCCUUUUGCAUGUGGUUUGUUGAAUUUGAUAAGAAAAUGUCACUGGCUUUAAUUCACGUGUUAUUAAAACGACAUUUAAAUCAGA